AUGCAGAAUCUGGACGUUACCGAUGGCGGUGCCAUCUCCCUCACGCUAGACCGCGUUGGAGGGGCGGGAUUUGAGUCGCGACGGGCCUUUAGCUUCGGGACUUUCAGCGUGGACGCGAAGAUGCCGCGAGGGUACUCUGCUGGAGUGUGCGCCACCUUCUUUCUGCAAUCAGGCGACUAUGAUCAUCGCAACGAGUGGGACUUUGAGUUCCUGGGGUCGCCCAACAACUCACGAGGCAUGACGCUGCAGACCAAUGUGUUCAUGAACGGCCAGGGCGACCAGGAGGUGCUCACUGCCUUUGCCUUCGACCCUGCUGCUGCCUUCCACACGUACACCAUUCAGUGGGGCCCGCAGCGGACCGUUUGGCUGGUGGACGGAGUGAACAUCCGCACGGUGAGCAACAGCAGCCCGCACUACCCUAAGGACCCCAUGAAGGUCUACUUCAGCAUCUGGGACGCCUCCCCCUGGGCCACUGGGCCCCGCACCGCCCGCAUCCCCGUCAACUAUGACUACGCGCCUUUUACCGUGACGUUCAAGAACUUCAAGUACACCCCGCUGUCUGCAAAUUGA